AGUCACUCAUUUUAGAAGUCACGGUUCUUUAUCACAGGUAUUAAAGAGCUGCAGAAGGAUACUAGAAUGUCUAAUUUUUUAUUCAAAUGAAAGACAAGAUUCUGCUACACUGGUGACCUGGAGAAGCACACUAUGUUUUCUUUCUAGAAAUAAAUCUUUCAAGAAGAAAACAGAACCUCAGUAUUCUUUACACAUCCUAUAAAACCACAGAGUGUUUCAACUGAUAGUAUAUCAGAGCAUAGAGGUUCUGCUGUUAAUAAUAAUUCAGCCUUCGAAGCAUUUGGAAGAUAAGUUCCAUCAUGGUGCCAUCACCCACCCCAAAUGAGCCAGAAAGGAGCCUUCUUGCUGCCUACUGUGGCCAUGUAAUGUCAGCACUCUUGAGGUGUGUUGUUCAGAGCCCCACACAAAUCCCUGCUCUCAGCCCCCAGUCACUGAGGUCCUUCCCAGCAUUCUCUUUGCACAGUCAGGUGUCUGCAGCUGCUUCCAGAGCCCAGCUUAGAUCCCAACCAUCCCAAAAGGAGCUUCAGAAACACACCUCACACUGACAGGCUGCCAGCAGAACAGCUACUCUGAAGCACAGUUGCCUUAAACCAUACAGAAAUGAGAAUUUACAUAGGAUAAUCCCCUGCGCUCACACCUUAUGACAGAUUUUAGCAGGCCAGACAGAGCAGGUGUCUCCUUUUAGUACAGCUGUAGUUGACUGCCACACAGCUUUUGGCAAAGUUAGAAUUAUGUAGAAGACAGAAUGCUGCAAAGCAUCGAGAAGACCAAAGGGACUCCAGUCCCACGGAAAACCCUAAUUUAGUGUUUAAAAGAAACCAGGUAACUUUAUCAGGACCGUGUUUUCAAACUUUUAGUACAUGUCGAGUGCUGUAUGCCCAGCAGCACCAAUCACACCUGAUCACCAGUACAACUACAGCAUACAAUAAUCAUGACUAGAAAACGUUAAGAAUUCACAACAGCAACGCCGAAGUUCCACCGAGUUGAGCUAGGAGGUGAUUAAAAGAGGAAGAAAAGAAAGGUGCGUUCAUUCUAGCAGCCCUCACGGCCAAACGACAGCACUCACGGCACCUGCGUUACGCCGGCUAACAAAGACACCGGUGCCCACGGCGCUCCGCUCGGCGCAUGCGCUGCGCUGCCGGCAAUUGUUGCUCCGCUCCGUUCCAACUUGCAGUCGCCCCCGAGAGGCGUAGGCGCGGCCGGGGCCGGGAUGAGAGCGGCGAGGGGGGGCGGCCCAUGGGCGCUGUCGCUGUCCCUGGUGCUGGCCGUGGGGUGCGCGGCGCGCAGCGCCGAUGAGCCCAGCAACAUGUCCUACGUGAAGGAGACGGUGGACAGGCUGCUGCACGGCUACGAUAUCCGCCUCAGGCCUGACUUCGGAGGUCCGCCCGUCGACGUGGGCAUGCGGAUCGAGAUCGCCAGCAUCGACGUGGUGUCGGAAGUCAACAUGGACUACACCCUUACCAUGUACUUCCAGCAGUCCUGGAGGGACAAAAGGCUCUCUUAUUCUGGAAUACCUCUAAACCUAACUCUGGACAACAGAGUAGCUGGCCAGCUCUGGGUGCCUGACACGUAUUUCCAAAAUGACAAAAAGUCUUUUGUCCAUGGAGUGACGGUGAAGAACCGAAUGAUUCGACUCCAUCCAGAUGGGACAGUCCUUUAUGGCCUACGGAUUACAACAACAGCUGCUUGCAUGAUGGAUCUACGAAGAUAUCCUCUGGAUGAACAAAACUGCACACUAGAAAUUGAAAGUUAUGGAUACACUACUGAUGAUAUUGAAUUUUACUGGAAUGGAGAGUCUGCAGUAACUGGAGUUAGUAACAUUGAGCUCCCACAAUUUUCUAUCGUUGAUUAUAAGAUGGUAUCAAAGAGAGUGGAGUUCACAACAGGAGCGUAUCCUCGGUUAUCACUUAGCUUCCGGCUUAAGAGAAAUAUUGGUUACUUCAUUCUGCAAACAUAUAUGCCUUCCACGUUGAUCACAAUUCUGUCAUGGGUAUCUUUUUGGAUCAAUUAUGAUGCCUCUGCAGCCAGAGUUUCUCUUGGAAUCACAACUGUGCUGACCAUGACCACCAUCAGCACCCACCUUAGGGAGACACUGCCAAAGAUUCCCUAUGUCAAGGCAAUUGAUGUUUACCUGAUGGGAUGCUUUGUGUUUGUGUUUCUGGCCUUGCUGGAAUAUGCUUUUGUAAACUAUAUAUUCUUUGGGAAAGGACCCCAGCGUCAAAAAAAGGCAGCAGGCAGAGAGACAGGCAAGAAGAGCAGACUGGAAACACAUAGGGUCCAGGUUGAGCCCCACGGAGACAUGCUGCUUAGCACACUCAGCAUAAGAAAUGAUGUCAGCAGCUCGGAUGUGUUCUUGAGCCGCCGUGUUGCCCAAGGCCCCAUGUUCCCCAAGGCCCACACAUCUGACGGUGCUGGCCAGCAGCACAGAAGGGCCCUCUCUGGUAGGGCACCCUACAGCAGGAGUGCACUGGACAGGCGUAGGCUUCAUCAGAAAGGGCACUUGCGAAGGAGGGCAUCCCAGAUCAGAGUCAAGAUACCGGACUUGACUGAUGUCAACUCCAUAGACAAGUGGUCCAGGAUGGUCUUUCCCAUCACAUUUAUUCUUUUCAAUGUUGCUUACUGGCUGUAUUAUGUACAGUAAUGUAUGCAAUAAUGUUGCUGUACACUAACGUAUUGAGGCUUGUUUCUUUUCCGUCUCAGUUUCGCUAUGAAUAACUGCAAUAAACGUUAACGUGAGAUUUUCAAGGUAAGGUGCCUAUCCAAUAAAUACCUCUAGAUCUAGGCUUUCAAAGCAAACUCUCAAAUAAAUGAAAAAGCACCCAUACUCACACAUUCCGAUUAGAAUACUACUAAAUUCCUUAAUUUCUACAGUAUGCAUCACUCACAACUCUCCAGCAUUUGCUUUUGUUUUUUUUAAGUGGAAUAAAAUUUAGCCACAUACUAUAAUCCCCUGGCAACAUAUUUCCAAACAAGAUAGUAAAAUGACUCAGAGUAGUCAUCAUGUCACAGUAUUUAAGUAUUAAAAGUGUAAAGAAACCAGAAGAAAUAAUUUUUGCAAGAUUAUAACUGUUGCAUCAACACACAAUUUCAAAAUAGUUCUACUGAAAGUGUUUUCAUGUAUGAGAUAUCAUUCAAGGAGAUAUAAGCCAACUAAUAUUUCAGAGAGGCCAAGAUCUUCAAAGGAAAGAAAGGGAAGUGGAGACAAACUCCACUGAAUUUCCAGACAUGGAAUCAGAGGUUUGGACCUAACUGGAAUUUUGUUAUUUCCACAAAGUAGCAAAGUUGAAAUUGAUAAGAAUAACUAUGCCAUCUGCAAUUUUGUAUUAAAAUCAGAAAAUGUCUUAAUUCCUGCAAGCAAUUGCUACAGGAUACCCCAGACCCAAAGCGGACUGUUUUCUUGGCUCUCAGAUUUCCUGUAUCCAGUAAUGGCAACACAUCUUCCCAGGAGCUAGCAGAGAUCUGGGAACAGAUCAAGCAAGAGUUCUGCACACAGGGUCCUACAGAUUUCCUGACUCUGAUGAAGAACAGAAGACAUAGCCAAUCCUCAAGGCAUACUAGUGGUGCUGGAUACAUGGCUCUUCCCACUCUCAGAGCUCAGAUUAGGCCAACACCACUGCAUGUUGCCAAACAUAAACCCAGGCAAGGAGCCGAGCCCCAGUAACCUGCUUCAGCUGAGGAGUAGUAGGUCAGCCAUCUCCUACCUGCAGCAAACCUUCUAACAGUCUAGAAACUGUCUAGAAUGAUAAAUGUCCAAGAAUGGGAAUAACUUCAAUGCAUUUAUUACAUAAAACAUGAAGCUGCCAACAGGCAUUUGGCUUGGCUAAUCCAGUGGGCUACUUGAGUCUAUCAGUUUUGUUGUGGAU